AUGAGAUACUUUCAAUGUCCCAAUGAUGUUUGCAGAUUUCAUCAAGUAAAAUUAGGUAAUGGACAAAAUCAAACAAAAACAUUGCGUCAACUUAUGACUGAACUUAAUCAAACAAAUUUUGAGAUAGAUAUACUUAAAAUUGAUAUUGAAUAUGGUGAAUAUGUAUUACUUCAUACGUUUUUUUCUAAUAAUGCUAUUAAUCAAAUUUUCAAACCUGUUUAUAUUCGACAAAUUCUUAUUGUAAGGAAAAAAAAAUCCUUCGAGACCUUUCAAUUUCAUACUGUUUUAUUUUCUCAGGAAGUUCAUCUUGAUCGUGACCGAAUAAUUGAAACAAAUGCUUUAUUUUAUUUAUUCAAUUCUCAAAAUUAUGUCAUUUAUCAUCGAGAACUUAAUCCAGGCUUUCCAUAUUAUGCUUGUGAAUUUGGUCUUCUUAAAUUAAAUAGAAAAUUUCUUCGAGGACACUUUUAA